CCCGCGCCACCAGUGCGCCCUCUGCGCCGCCCACCAGCGCCGCCGACCCAGCGAGCCCUACCAGCGCGUGUGCAACCACAGCGCCGGGCCGCGCCGCCACAGCGCCAAUCUCGAGUGCACGAUGCGCCAUGAGACGAUGGACGGCCGGCGGCCGGCCAGCGGCUGGCACUGUCGCCUGGCGGCCGGCGACUGCCGCAUCCCGCUCAGCCCGACGCGCUGCUGCGACGUGACCGGCGCCGAGUUCGGCUUCAUCAAGGAGGUGGCACGCGAGGAGGAAGACGAGCCUGACGGCAGUACCCAUGAGGAGCCGACCGAUGACAAGACGAUCCUGCUGGCUGACGGCUCCCGGUACAACACGGACGUGCUGCUGGCCGACCCGCUGCUGGCCAGAGCCCACGUCUGGGAUUACCCCAUCUUCGACCUGGAGCGCCAGGCCGGCACCCACAUGCUCAGCCAGAUGUGCUACCGAAUUUUCCACGACACCGGACUGUUGGAGACGUUUCGUAUUCCUCUGCAAGAGUUCUUCGACUACUUCCACGCCCUCGAAAUGGGAUACCGAGAUAAGCCAUACCACAACCGAAUGCACGCCACAGAUGUACUGCAGGCCGUGUAUUACCUGACAUCACAGCCGAUCCCCGGCUUCCAAGUGCUGCCAGAAGACGACGCCGACUCAGACAAGGACGAGCCGUACCGGAGUCCGGAGCGAGGCCGGCGCCAGACGUUCGUCGCCGAGGAGACCUACGGCGUCAUGGGCGCCAACAUCCCGGCGCUGGAGCUGAUGGCGCUCUACACGGCGGCCGCCAUGCACGACUUCGACCACCCGGGCCGCACCAAUGCCUUCCUCGUCACCACCGUGUCACCGCAGGCCGUGCUCUACAACGACCGGUCUGUUCUGGAGAACCAUCACGCCGCGGCCGCCUGGAGCCUCUUCCUGACGCGGCCCGAGCACAACUUUCUCUGCCACCUGGAGAAGUCGGAGUUCAAGCGCUUCCGCUUUCUCGUCAUCGAGGCGAUUCUGGCCACGGACCUGAAGCGACACUUCGAGAUCCUGGCUGAGUUCACGUCCAAGUGCCGGGACUCUGUUGGUACCGACUGGCGCUCGGAGACGGACCGCCUGCUGGUCAUGGAGAUGGCCAUCAAGCUAGCAGACAUUAACGGCCCCUGCAAGGAUUUUCCGCUGCACUACCAGUGGACGCAGCGCAUCGCUGAAGAGUUCUACGAGCAAGGCGACGAGGAGCUGGCGCUGGGACUGCCCGUGUCACCUUACAUGGACAGGAAGAACCCCCAGCUGGCCAAGCUGCAGGAGUCCUUCAUCAACCACUUGGUCGGGCCCAUGUGCAACGCCUACUACGAGUCGGGACUGAUGCCGGGCAUCUGGGUGGAGAACGACGGCUCGGACGAGAGCAGCUCGUGCCCGUCCGACUCGGACGCGGAGGACGAGGAGGAGGACCAGGAAGCACCGUCCGCUCGGCGCAAGAACGUGUUCUGCAUCCAGACGGAGCACCUGAUGGCCAAUCGGGCCCGCUGGAGCGAUGUGAUCAAGGAGGAGCAGUCGGCACGGGACGCGUCGGCGUCGGCGUCGGCGGCUCCUUCGGCCUUCUCCGACCGUCCGGAGGAGGUUGGCUCUGAGAGCUCGCUCCAGGAGGAGACGGCUGACGAGAUGGAGACGAUCGCCGAGGAGCGCUCGCCCUCGCCCCACUCGCGACGCUUCAGCUACGACCAAGAUUCGAAACUAUGAUUAGUGCGAACUUUCGUUAGCGGCAUUUCCAAGUGGUUCUCCAACCGCCUUCGACCACGAGCGGUCGGGGCCUUCACCGCGUCCACCUCGGCCCCCGAGACCACGGCGACCGCCCGGCCUGCCACCUCUCAGCGACUUGAGUCAAGUGCUAGUGCGUGCGUCAGCCGCCGCGAGCGCUCGAGACGCACCGGGUUCGUGCGGACACGCGCCGCUGACGAGAGUUUGUGAUUUUUGACAAAACAUUGGGCCAGCUUAUGCGCUGGCUGAUAUGGACUACGAACUGCGGUGAACACAGCAUGGCUUUUAACAGCCAGUUAUCCCAGACAGCCGCGGAGGGUGCGCUGCAGACUUCCCGAAAUGUACGUAAGAGCUGUUAUUCGAGUUUGUUUCAUGAUGCGCUGAAAAGGCGAACGUUGUGAUCUUAGCGACGGGCAAGUGUGUUCCAUAUUGAAUCUUACGAUCCGUUCAGAUAGAGUGCCAGAAUGCCCCUAAACUCAGGUGAUCUGGUUAUGGUGUUCUCGUUACGAGCUUGAUGGCGCGUUUCCACUGAAACCCAGUCUCGCUGAUCUGCCCAGCAGGCGUCAUGUCCAAGCGAAUCUCCUCACAACGAAUUCAUUCAGAACGCAAGAAUCUCGGGAACAGCAACAAAAGCCGGCCGAUGUGUGAUUAUGCGUGUGCUGUCUUCACAUCAUGAUUCCUCCAUUUCUGAGUGUCGCUUUCGAUGCCAUGCCGCGCAUAACUAACAGGACCGCUUGGUGGGCGGCGACUCCAGAGCAGACGAGCACGGCUCGUGAUGCUGUCACGCUUCAUGGACGGAGCUGCCUAUAUCUAACGAUGCCAUACACAUGUCAGCGGCCCAGCGACGGGUGGCCGGGCGCCGUGAAGCCAUGGUGACGGCGCGGCUCGCUGCCGCGUGCCGGCCUCCGGGCCGUUUCUAUCGAUGUCCUCGUUUGUUACAUAUUGAUGUACGCUUAUCGGUGUCCACCGUCGGUGUAGUUCUGCGUGUCUGUUCAGACUGGAGACGUACAAAGACGGCAGCCGUGCGGCCAGAGCGCAGCGGCCGGGCGCGCCGCGAGCGUGCCCGCUGCGCCGCCCGCCGAGCCGGCGCCUCGCCCGGCGCGCAGCGAGCGCCGCCGCGCUAAUACAUGUGACGUACA